AUGGGCGCUUUGGUCUCCCUACCUUUAGCAGGAGCGCUGACGGUGGCUUCGUGUUGCGGAGCUGCUGCGUGUUCUGCGUUCUGCUCUCUGAUUGGCGGAACGUUCACUUCGGCUAUCAUGACUAGAAUCACCUAUGGCUUGAUUCUUGUUAUCAACUCCAUCAUCUCGUGGAUUGCUCUUUCGCCGUUUAUCGUGCACAGACUUGAAAAGGCGACUUUUGGGUUUAUCAAUAACCGAUGUGGACCCGACGGGAAACAGUGUAUCAGCUUUAGUUCCGUCUAUAGAAUCAACUUGGCCUUGGGAACGUUGCACCUUAUCUUGGCUGCGCUUCUUGUCAAUGUACGGUCUACGCUGAACCCUAGGGCGGUAAUUCAGAACGGAUGCUGGAAAAUCAAGAUUCUUACGUGGAUUCUGUUUAUUUUCAUCAACUUUGUGCUUAUUCCAGAUUCGUUUUUCGUGUUUUACGGUAACCACAUUGCCAUUAUCUUUUCCACGCUUUUCUUGGGCAUUGGCUUGGUUUUGCUUGUGGAUUUUGCUCAUGCUUGGGCAGAAAAGUGCUUGGAGAAGAUUGAGCUCGAGGAACUUACAGGUGAAGAUGAGUAUAAUGCUGGUUUGUGGAAGAAGCUUCUUAUUGGAGGCACUUUGGGCAUGUACAUUGCCAGUAUCGUAUUGACUAUCGUUAUGUACGUGUUUUUCGCCAUGAAGGGAUGCAGCAUGAACCAGGCUGCCAUCACAAUUAACCUUAUUCUUUCGUUGAUUAUUUCUGGAAUGUCUGUCAACCAGAGCAUCCAGGAACUGAACCCAAACGCUGGCUUGGCCCAAGCAUCUAUGGUUGUCUUUUACUGUACCUACUUAGUGCUUAGUGCUGUUGUUUCGGAGCCAGAUGACAAGAUGUGCAAUCCACUCGUCAGAUCCAAGGGAACCAGGACUUUGAGUGUGGUUUUGGGUGCUCUCUUUACGUUUGUUGCGUUGGCCUACACCACAACCAGAGCUGCUAACUCUUCUUUCUUUGAUACUGAAGGUUCUGCUGGCUCUGAACACCACAUUUCUUCUCAGCCCUCCGAAAGAAACCAAAUGAGAUACGAAGCCAUUCAACAAGCCGUCAACGAAGGGUCCUUACCUGAGAGCGCCCUUCAACAAGUUGAUCUCUACGACGAAGACAGUGGAGUCAAUGGUCCAAGUGACGAGAAGAAUCUGGUCAAGUACAACUACACGUUGUUCCACAUUAUCUUCUUCCUAGCCACUCAGUACGUGGCUACUUUGCUCACAGUCAACGUCAAGCAAGACGACGUGGGCGACUUCAUUCCCGUCGGCAGAACAUACUUCUCCAGUUGGAUCAAAAUCAUCAGUUCGUGGUUCUGCUACGUGCUCUAUGGGUGGAGUCUUGUGGCGCCAAUGGUAUGGCCCGACCGGUUUAACGUGGUUCUGAUAUAA